AUGGCAGCACGCCGUGUGCGCCCGCACUGGACUCUGAACGGGCCGGAGCUCCAGUCGUCCGCCUGCCUCCUCUUCCGCCGGCGGAAGGACCGCCGGGUUUGGCACGUGGGGCCCGGGUGCGAGUUCGAGACCCUGCGCGGGGCCGUAGGGGUGGCGGGGCCGUACGACCGCGUGGUUCUACACCCGGGCGUGUAUGAGGAGCAGGCGGAGGUGGUGCUGAAGGUGCCCGUGGAGCUGGUCGGGCUGGGUCGGCUGGGCGAGGUGGCUCUCCUGGUGUGUCUGGAGCAGCAGUGCCCCACAGCACGGCUGUGUAACCUGGUCUUCAUGCCCCCCUGGUUCUCCACCGUGGUCUACAAGACGUCGUGGGGUCACGUCCAACUCGAUAACUGCAACUUUGAAGGUGUCCAGCUGCAGAUCCGCGGCCCGGGAACCUGCCAGGCGCGCUUCUGCUCCUUCUCCCAGGGCAGCUCGGCGCACCUGCUGGGGGUCGUCCUCAGCCUGUUGGACAGCUGCGACUUCUCGGGAAGCGACGCGGCCUCCGUCACCGUCGAGGGUCCUCCGGUGUACGAGAAGAACUGGGCUUGCAAACACCUGGCGGCUCUGGUCAGGACGUUCCCGUCGUGCGGCCCGCCCGGAGACGGCAGCCGUCCCGGGAGCCCUCUGACGCCCACCGCUGAUGUGAAAAAGGAGCGCGCGAGCACCGAAGACUGGCAUAGGAGGGUCGGGGUGGAGGCGGAGUGUCAAGGCACGGUGAUCGACGGCGACUGGAGCGACGGCGACCGCAGCGAGGGAGAGGAGGAGCACCGGGGCGCCGGCGGAACCAACGGCGGCAAGGACCCGCUUGUGUCGGAUUACAAAGUCCCAUGUGACCAACACGGCCUCUCCCAUUUGCUCCAACUCCAAGCCGACGGCUCGCUGCCGCUGGCCUCCUCCCCGGACCCGCCGUCUGUGAGCCCCGUGCCCCUCACCUUUCAGCAGGAACUAGACCGGGACCCGGAGGCCCAGGCGUUGGCGACCUCCACCCUCGGCUGCAUCCUCCGGCGCUGCCUCUUCCGGGAGGGGAAGGGCGGCGUGCAUUUGUCUAAUUUCGCCCAAGCGCGGCUGGAGGGCAACGUCUUCCGUGGGCUGAACUACGCCGUCCGCUGCAUCCAGAACUCCACACUGGUGAUGCUGAGGAACGAGGUGUGCGAGUGCCGGGCGUCGGGCGUGUUCCUGCGCCUCUCCGCCGAGGGCCUCAUCGCGCAAAAUAACAUCCACUCGAACGCGGAGGCGGGACUGGACAUCCGAAAAGGGGCCAAUCCCAUCAUUUUGUGCAACAAAAUACAUAGCGGCUUGCGUUCCGGCGUUGUUGUCCUUGGCAACGGGAAAGGUUCCAUUCGGAGCAACCAGAUCUACAACAACAAGGAAGCGGGCGUGUAUAUUCUCUUCAGCGGGAAUCCUGUGGUCAGUGGGAACCACAUCUUCCGGGGGCAGGCGGCGGGCAUCGCAAUCAACGAGAAUGGAAGAGGGACGAUCACAGGUGAUAAAGUUUCUUCAUUUUGUGCAGCUCACAGAAGAGAUUACGAUCUGGACAGCGAGGAGAAGCGCCACUCCGCCCGCCGCUCCAUCAGCGUGGCGCUGGUGAAGAGCAACUGCAUGAGCUACAACGGAGCGGUGGGUCUGUACGUGAAGAGCAGCCAGCCCCUGAAUGUUUUUGCCAAUCUGGUGAACAGCAACCGCGGCGCCGGCGUGGCCGUGCUGCAGAGCGGCCAGCUGACCCGGUUGGUCAACAAUUGCAUUCUGGGGAACGGCCGCGGGGGCGUCGCGGUGGAGAAAGACUGCCGGGUGGAGCUCCGUGGCAACGGCGUCUACAAGAACGGCGGCCACGGCGUCGCGUUCUGCGGCAACGGGCAGAUCGUGGAGAACGACGUCGUCGGGAACCGCGGAUACGGGAUCCAGGCGUCCGGCAGCGCCGACGUCAAGGUGUUGCGCAACCGUGUCCAACCAGCACACGGCUGUGGCGUUGCCGUGUUCGGCCCGGUGAAAGGCGUCGUCCACGACAAUCUCUUAUUCCAGGGCCACCCGGGGAACAGAAAGGCGCUGCUGAAUUUGGAUCCCAGCAACGAGAGCUGCGUGUUGCGCAACAACAGCGUGCUACGGCAUAAUAACGGCUGUAAAUCUGCUCCUCCCUGGGUUUUGGAAAACCCUCCACCUCGCCCGCUGGCCAGCUCCCCAUCUGGCCUUCCCCUUUCCCGGUAUCCCUCCAGACUCGGCAUCUCCGUGACGACCAGGAUCAGUGCCACUGUGGAAAGCGUUUGCCACGGCGGCAGCAUGUUCUGCUCAAUCCUGUGAACGCAAUAUGAAUGACGUGCGUGUCCCCACCUUCUUCCACUCGGGGAUGACCUUGCAGAACAUUGUCCUUUUUGUUGGAGGAUUGAAGUUUAACCACUAAAUGCACCGUCUCUGUAGAUUUUAAAGUACACUCUUUUGUAAUUUCAUGCGGCCAGUGCACUCAACAAGAUGAGCAGUGCAACACGCCGCGAACAUCUUCACUGUUCGCACUCCUGGGCUUCAGACAUGCCUGUUCCUUCCACUCCGAGACAUAAGUGUGCCUUGAUUUCUUUUUAUUCAAUCAUUGUAGCUAGAGAGGUGAAUUCAUGAAGUCCAUGCUUCUGCUUCUGGCACGGAGCGAGUCUCCGUGACUCUGAUCUGCUGACAGCCUGUUAGAGACUAAAUGACAUUCUGUGUGCAAUGAGCUUUCUUCAAAUGUUUUCACAUCUACAAUGUGCUCACAACCCAUUCUUACUUUUUGUGUCUUGCACAGUAACAAGUAGGAAUAUCAUGUACAACUCAAACAUCACCAGGUCCUUUAUUUGUCUACAAAAUGCAUUAAACAGUUCUUUGUUUGUGGUA